AUGGCAGCGGGUGUGGCGGCGUGGUUGCCCUUCGCCCGCGCGGCCGCUAUAGGAUGGAUGCCGGUGGCGAGCUCGCCCAUGCCCAUGCCCCCCAAGGACAGACAGCGGGCCAAAGACGGCCUCAUCAUCCUCAACGUCAGCGGCACCAAGUUCCAAACGUGGCGGAACACGCUGGAACGCUACCCGGACACCCUGCUGGGGAGCACCGAGCGCGACUUCUUCUUCCACGAGGAGACCAGCGAGUACUUCUUCGACCGCGACCCGGAUAUCUUCCGCCACAUCCUGAACUUCUACCGCACCGGCAAGCUCCACUACCCGCGCCAGGAGUGCAUCUCGGCCUACGACGAAGAGCUGGCCUUCUUCGGGAUCAUCCCGGAGAUCAUCGGCGACUGUUGCUACGAAGAGUACAAGGACCGCCGGCGGGAGAACCAGGAGAGGAUUGAGGACGACCAGGAGGACGAGAACAACAAUGACAUCGUCCCCCCCAACAUGACGCUCCGGGAGUCCAUGUGGCGGGCCUUCGAGAACCCCCACACCAGCACCAUGGCCCUGGUGUUCUACUACGUCACCGGCUUCUUCAUCGCCGUGUCGGUGAUGGCCAACGUGGUGGAGACGGUCCCCUGGGGCUCGGCGCCCAACCGCAAGGAGGUGUCGUGCGGCGAGCGCUACUCGCUGGCGUUCUUCUGCCUGGACACGGCGUGCGUGAUGAUCUUCACCGUGGAGUACCUGCUGCGGCUGAUGGCGGCGCCCAGCCGCUACCGCUUCGUCAAGAGCGUGAUGAGCGUCAUCGACGUGGUGGCCAUCAUGCCCUACUACAUCAGCCUGGUGAUGACCAACAACGAGGACGUGAGCGGCGCCUUCGUCACGCUGCGCGUCUUCCGCGUCUUCCGCAUCUUCAAGUUCUCCCGCCACUCGGCCGGCCUGCGCAUCCUGGGUUACACGCUGAAGAGCUGCGCCUCGGAGCUGGGCUUCCUGCUCUUCUCCCUCACCAUGGCCAUCAUCAUCUUCGCCACCGUCAUGUUCUACGCCGAGAAGGGCUCCACGGCCAGCAAGUUCACCAGCAUCCCAGCCGCCUUCUGGUACACCAUCGUCACCAUGACGACGCUGGGGUAG